GGAAGUUUGAAUUUUGCGGAGCUCUGGGUUGUAGCGGUUCCUGCUUCGGAAACGGCAGUGGUCCUUCAGACCCAGAGGGUUCCUUUACUUUUAGUUCUGUUGAGGUUUUACUCCAGAAGCUGCCUCAGGAUGUCUUCAUCACAUUUUGCCAGUCGACACAGAAAGGAUUUAAGUAUCGACAUGAUUAGAACCAGAAUUGCUCAUAGAAAAUCGCUGUCUCAAAAAGAAAACAGGCAUAAGGAAUAUGAACGAAAUAGACAUUUUGGUUUGAAAGAUGUCAACAUUCCAACCUUGGAAAGUAGAAUUCUUCUUGAAUUAGAUGAGACAUCUCAAAAGCUUGUUCCAGAAAAGGCCAGUAUCAAGCCAAGGUCAACAAAAACUGUUCUAGGUGAUCAACGAAAGCAAAUGCUCCAAAAAUACAAAGAAGAAAAGCAGCUUCAGAAAUUGAAAGAGCAGAGAGAGAAAGCUAAACGAGGAGUAUUUAAAGUGGGUCUUUAUAGACCUGAUAUGCCUUGUUUUCUGUUAUCAAACCAGACUACUAUGAAAGCUGAGCCAAAAAAGGCUGUUCCAUCUUCUGUACGGAUUACAAGGUCAAAGGCCAAAGACCAAAUGGAGCAGACUAAGAUGAAUAACAGGAGUGAUGUUCAAGCAAUCCGACCUGGUCAAACACAAACUUCUGAAAGAAAAGUGUCGGACAAAGAGAAAAAAGUUGUACAGCCUGUAAUGACCACAUCAGUGAGAAUGACUCGAUCAGCCACUCAAACAGCAAAGCAGAUUGCCAGAACAGUCUCCUCUACUACAACAGGAAAGCCAGACACAAGAGCUACCAAUGAUAAUGAAACAGAAAGAAAGGCACCAAAUCAAGGAAGACCUGCCAAAAAGAUAGAAACAAAACCUGACAAGGUUGUUUCUUUUAAAGUCGAUAGUGAAGAAAAUACUUUGGAUUCACAAACUAGUGCAACAAAUGGAAUGGAUCCAGAUGGAGUCUUACCAAAAACAGAGAACUUACCUAAGACCAGUACUGCAAAAAUGAAAGGGAAGAAUUCCUUCGCACCUCAGGAUUUUAUGUUUCAGCCCCUGGAUGGUCUGAAGACCUAUCAAGUAACACCUAUGACUCCCAGAAGUGCCAAUGCUUUCUUGACACCCAGUUAUACCUGGACCCCUUUAAAAACAGAAGUUGAUAAGACUCAAGAAGUGACAGAAGAAAUUUUGGCUCAAAAAUAUAAAACUUACUCUGCAAAGACAGUAUAUCAAGAUUCAGAUAAACUACAGUGUCCUUUGGGUUCUCUAACAGUUUCGAAUAAAGAACAUGUCUUAAAUAAAGAUGAGAGUACUAAAAUUUCAGAUGGCCUUACAAUAAAAGAAGUCCCAUUACUUGAAAUAAAUGAAGAUCAGAUAUCUCAGCUCCACCAUGAUGUGCCAUAUUUCAGAAAUAUUCUUCAGUCAGAAACUGAGAAAUUAACUUCGCACUGCCUUGAGUGGGACAGGAAGCUUGAAUUGGACAUUCCAGAUGAUGCUAAAGAUCUUAUUCGUACAGCAGUUGGGCAAACAAGACUCCUUAUGAAAGAAAGGUUCAAGCAGUUUGAAGGACUGGUGGACAAUUGUGAAUAUAAACGAGGUGAAAAGGAGACUACCUGUACAGAUCUGGAUGGAUUUUGGGAUAUGGUUAGUUUUCAGAUAGAAGAUGUAAACCAAAAAUUCAACAAUUUGACCAAACUUGAGGAAUCUGGAUGGCAGAACAAUAAUAAUAUAAGCAAAAAAGUUGUUCGGAAGAAAGUGGUCUCAGGGGCAGCAAGUAAGCCCAAACAGAAUGACGGUGGAAGAAUUGCAGCUAGAAAUCGCCUCGCGGCCAUAAAAAAUGCAAUGAGAGAGAGGAUGAAGCAGGAAGAAACUGCGGAGGCAGCGACCUCUGUAAUGCCAAAGGAAGUUGAUAAAAUAGUGUUUGAUGCUGGAUUUUUCAGAAUCGAAAGUCCUGUUAAGUCCUUCUCAGGAGUUUCUAUCUCUUCUGAACGUCUUUCUCAAAGACUUAGGACACCUAAGUCUGUCAGCAAAGCUGUGUCUGAGAGCAGGGCUGAGAUGGGCCAUCUAAGUCAAACUCUGUCAUCACAGAAUCCUGAUCCUCAAAGUACCAAAAGUGAGCAUGUUGAUAAGGAGACUUUGCUUUCAACUAUUCCUAAAAACAGGAACAACAUAGAAGAUGCUCAGUGUCCUGGAUUACAAGAUUUAAUUGAAGUAAAUUAUGAUGCAAACAAGAUAAACUUUGAGAUGGAUUGUUUACCCAAUGGAAGAAUGAAUUUGCCUCUACUUGCUGGUGAAGUGGCAGAUGAUAUUAAUACUAAUAAAAAGGAAGAAAUUCCAGAUGUUGUAGCAGGAAUGGAACUACAUUCCUUAGUUACAGCACAGGAUGUUUUGAUGAGCAGCCCUGAAAAUAUACCAUCACAAAAUGACAUCUUACAGGAAGAGAAGACUAAAAUUUCUCAGUCAGGUGUGGAAGAGUCAAGAUGAGAAUGUUGGAGUAAGGAAGUAACCUAGUUUUUUGAAAUAAACUGCUCACAUCCCGCUUUAGGACUGAAAGUCUUUUUAAUUGCUACAAGUGCUGUUAGAAGGCGUUCAGAUAUCAUUCCGUGAGAACUACCUCAGGGGAAGACAGCCGCUUCUCCCGAGGUCAUACCGUUUCUCAGGUGCCUUGUAUUCAUUGACUGAUCGAAGUGAAGAUAGAAAGGACUUCCCCCUCUUGACAGCUCCAAAGGAUCAUCCCGGCUUCAGAACGCCUGUAGGGUGGGCUGAGGCUUCGAUACCCAGCUUCUCCCUCUGCCAGAUCCUGUGCCUUCUCGUCCCAACAGCUGUUGAUCUCAAGAUUCUCCCCCCUAAACCUUUUGGGUUCUAAUCUGCUUCCUGGGGAACCCAACUUGUGACAACAAAAGUAUCUGAGAAGAUGGUGUUAUAGAAACAAUAAAUAGACCAAACAAUAUUUUGAUUCUUUUGUAAAGUAAAGUGCUAUGACUACAUCCUAGUUUUGAAAUUGUAUGAAUCUUUGGGCCUGCUAGUAAUGAGGAAGGGCAGAAAGGCGUGGUUAAGAAUGUUGGCAACGGGAACUAUUAAAGUUUUCAAGCUGAUCACGUAUCUAAUUAAGAGGUUAAUUUUCCUCUAGAAAUAUGGAGAUUUCAUAAAAACCAAGAGAACCUACAGCAAGAUUGUCUCAUAUUGGUAUCAAAUAUGGAUUUGAAAACAGCUAAGUAUAGUCUAGAGAGAAAAAAUAGUUAAAAGGAGCAAAAAGAAAUAUAUCAGAAUGCUAACAGUAACUGCCCGUGGAUCAUCAACAGCUACACUUUUUCUUUGUGCUUUUCUCAUUUCCUGAAUAUAUACUUCCUUAAGUAAGAAAAUGGGAGAAUGAUUUCCUGGUAGCAUCUUCUGGUUUUUACGAAACUCUGAAAGACAGAGGUUAGAAUAGUAUUUUCUUUAAAAAUAUUUUAAUAAGUAUAGAAAACUCUGGGAGACUCUGAUGCAGAAUUAAUAUUGCUACAUAUUCCUUUUCCACUGAAUCCACUGUGCAUUAUCAAGAAUAAACUGCCCCAAUUCAAUGACAUAUAAAGACAGGAAACUCUUAGAAUGUUUAUUAAAUGGAUGAUUUACAAGAAGGACAGUGAUGAAUAAAGGUAAAAUUUUUCAGUCAGGAAACAUGAAGUUUCAAUGUGUAAGGGUUUAUAUUCAAUUUCUUUUUUUUUUUAAUCUUCCCCUUUAUGAUUAUAUCAUAGCAUGUGAAGCACUGGUGAGAUCUAUGUCACCAGAAAUUCCCAGUUUGCUGAUUUCCUGGAGAUUUUUCAUCCGAUGAUUGUACUG